UUUCAUAGCAAAACAAAAUAUAAAAAACAAGUCUUGCUUACAGAAUUCGCCAUUGGUGAUGAUGAUGUUCAAUUUAGAGGUGUCCACCUCACUUCUCUUGUGUUUUCUCCCAGCCCUGUUUCUCUUCGUCUUGGUCAAGUUCAAUGCAUUACUCUUUUCUUCUUCUUCUUCCUCUAAGAAUCCUAAGCUUCCCAGAUCAUAUCCCUUCAUCGGCUCCAUUUUCGCCAUUAACGCUAACAGUGACAGAAAUACUCAAUGGACCUCUGAAAUGGCUUUGGCUUCGCCGUCGCAAACCGCCGUCAUCAACCGUCCCGUCUUCCGACAAUUUGUUUUCACGGCCAAUCCGGCUAAUGUCCGUCAUAUCCUGAGAACCCACUUCCAAAACUACGAAAAAGGCGACUUCUUCCGCGUCGCUGUCGGAGACCUCCUCGGAGACGGAAUCUUCAACGUCGACGGCGAGAAUUGGAAGUUCCAGAGGCAGGUGGCCAGUCACGAAUUCAACACCAAGUCCCUCAGGAAAUUCAUCGAGCAGGUGGUGGAAUCCGAACUCUCCGAUCGUCUCAUCCCCGUCCUCUCCGCUGCCGCCGCCAACAACACCGUCCUCGACCUCCAGGACGUUCUCCAGCGAUUCACCUUCGACAAUGUCUGUAGGAUCGCCUUCGGAUACGACCCGGCUUACCUCUCCCCUUCUCUACCCAACGAGAAAUUCGCCCAAGCCUUCGAAGACGCUGUUCGAAUCAGCAGCCAGAGAUUCCAAUCGUUCCAUCCCCUGGUCUGGAAAAUCAAGAGAUAUCUCAACGUCGGUUCAGAGAAGGACCUCCGGAUUGCAGUCAAACAGGUACGAGAUUUCGCGAACAAAAUGGUGAAAGAAAAGAAAGAAGAAUUGAAAGAGAAUGCGUCGCUCAGCUCCGUAGAUCUUCUGUCUAGAUUCUUAAGUUCUGGGCAUUCGGAGGAAAACUUUGUAACGGACAUAGUCAUCAGUUUCAUCAUAGCUGGUAAAGACACCACGUCAGCUGCUCUCGUUUGGUUCUUCUGGCUUCUCUCCAGAAAUGAACAUGUUGAAACCCAGAUUCUAAAAGAGAUCACUCACAAACCUGAAUCCAACAUGUACGAGGAAGUUAAGGAGAUGGUCUACACGCAUGCCGCUCUACAAGAAAGCAUGAGGUUGUAUCCGCCGGUGCCCUUAGACGGGAAGCAGGCGCUGGAAGAUGAUAUUCUGCCAGAUGGGACGGUCGUGAAAAGUGGGACGCGGGUGCAUUACCACCCAUAUGCGAUGGGAAGAUCGGAGGUGAUUUGGGGGAAAGAUUGGGCGGAGUUCCGUCCUGAACGGUGGCUCAAGGAAGAUCGGGUCACCGGGGGAAGACAAUUCGUGGCAAAGGAUGUUUACGAGUACCCUGUGUUUCAAGCAGGCCCCAGGAUUUGUCUUGGGAAGGAGAUGGCCGUUCUGCAGAUGAAAUCCAUUGUCUCCGGCGUCUUACACCGGUUUAAGGUGGUUCCGUUGAUUGAGAACAACAAGGAACCGGUUUUUAUGACUUAUUUGACUUCCAAGAUGAAAGGUGGCCUUCCCGUGAGAAUUGAAGAACGCAAGGUUUAGAGUAAGUAAUAAAGGAGUGUAAUAAUAAGUUUAGAAACUAUUUUCUAAAUCUGUCAUAUGUUUUAAGUUUAAGUAUUAUUUUAUGUUGGUUAGUUUCUGUUUUGUUUUAU